AUUUAACGAUGCGCACAUUUUAUUACCGCAAUUAAUUACAAAAACAACGCGGCCAAAAAGAAAUCUUAGUCACUUUAUCUGCUAUGCCAGCCGGGCCAGAGCCCAGGGAGUUCUCUCCGGACUCCGGAGAAAAGGGGAAACGGAGAUCGCAAGAAUGGGAGAAUGGGAGAAAGAGAGAUAGAACGGAGCGGAGCGAUCUGAGGGCAGCGAUAAGCUUUAUGAUAGAUGUGACUAGUAAAAUGCUACUACCAAAUGGUUCUGGGCCGGAGAUCGCAGCUCCUCUCGUAAUUGGAGGCGCGACAGUUUGUCUCAGCAGUCAAACCUGGUUAAUUGGAGAGCCAGGCCGUCCGGAGAGCUACCUGUCCGGGAAACCUGUUUCUUGGCCAAUUAAAAUCGAGAGAUAGGGAGAGAGCCAGGCCUUAGACCUGGCCCAGAGACGUCGACGGCUGCUGUGGGCCGUCAGCCCAAGACAUUUCGAGUUUCGACGCGCAGCGCGACAGUUACCGCUACGAAACGUCUCCAGCUAUAAUCUCAACCAAAUCGGUUUUGGCCAACGGUCUUUGAGCGAUUUUUCGGCGAGGCGGAGAAUGGGUUUCAAGCACGCUAUGUUGCAGCGAAGUUACGAGCUGUCGCCCUCACCGGCGCGCACUUCACCCACCAACGCCACCACCAGCUCCACCCACGACGGGAUCCCACCUCCCCAGGCGGUCCAGCCGCCGGUCCAAGUCACGGACUUCAGUAUCAGCCGGAUUUUGGGCAAAGAGCGUAAGCCUGCUCAGGAUGCCAGUGCUAAUAUCUUGGAUCUGUCAAAGAGCAGUACCAGCAGUAACAGUGGCAUUUCUCCGCCACAGGUGGGAGUGCCCCAAACGUUGUCCUUGUCCACACCUUCCUAUGGCGGCUACUCCAUGCUGCCACCGGAUCUGGUAGCCAUGGCCAACGCCACAAAGUUUUAUGCCCAAUUCUUUCCACACCUUUUACCUGCCUACGCGGCAGCUGCUGCGGCGGCUGGCCUCAGUACUCCACCCACUUCGCCCUACCAACAAGGACAUCCAGUGCAACCACUGCCACCACCUCAGCAGAAAAGAUACUUUGCUCCCUAUGUGAUCAAUGGCCAAGGACCUCAGCAGCCGCAGCAUCCACUCCUGCGGCCCAAGGCCACCGCCUGCACUCGCCCAGACUGCCGCGAGUGCCUGGACUAUUACCAAAGGCUGCAGGCUGGCUACAAGCCGACCACGCCCCUGAUAUCACCCGCCUCCUCCUCCGUCAGCAGUUCCAGCAGCUCCAUGCGACCAGUGAGGGAACUGAUCAUGAGUGCCGCCGGUGGAGCCACCACCAGCACCAACAUCUCGCUGACCACCGUCACCAAUUUGAGCCUCAGCUCGAGUCAGACCACAGCCGUCGGAUUAAUGCCCAAGAUGCCGGGAAUAGCCGUCGGAAGUGGCGGCACAGUUAUCCCUGCCACCAGUGCUUACAGUCCCACUUCCGCCGAGGAAAUCAGCUACAAGUGCCGGAUAUGCGAGAAGGUCUUUGGAUGUUCCGAAACUUUGCAGGCUCAUGAAAAGACGCACAAAUCGCCCCGUUAUGAGUGCUCGGACUGCGGCAAGGGCUUCUCGCAGUUGAGGAACUACAAGUAUCACCUGUCCGUGCAUCGAGGCACCAAGGAGUUUGCGGCGGAGUGCCCCGAGUGCGGGAAGACCUUCAACGACAAGGGCUACCUUAGUAGCCACAUGAAGAUCCACCGGAAUCGGAAGGAGUAUGAGUGCCCCUACUGUCCCAAGUCCUUUAACCAAAGGGUGGCCUUCAACAUGCACGUAAGGAUCCACACCGGAGUCAAGCCGCACAAAUGCGCCGAAUGCGGCAAGAGGUUCUCCCGGAAAAUGCUCUUGAAACAGCACAUGCGCACCCACAGCGGCGAGAAGCCCUACCAGUGCUCCGUGUGCGGUAAAUCCUUUGCAGACAGGAGCAACAUGACUCUGCACCACCGCCUGCACUCCGGCAUCAAGCCUUUCAGCUGUCCCCUGUGCCCCAAGGCUUUCACCAAGAAGCAUCAUCUGAAGACGCACCUGAACUACCACACGGGCUGCAAGCCAUACAUUUGCCCACAUCCCAAUUGCAAUCAGGCCUUCACCCAGUCCAGUAACAUGCGGACCCAUGCCAAAAAGUGUCAGUACCGCCCGCUGGAUGGAGCCACCACAGCGCCCCUGCCAGUAGCUGGAAAAUCCUCUGCGCAGGUGCAACUUCAGGUGCCGAGCUCCCUGGCAUUGGCCAUGGGGGCGACUCCCACCUUUGUGAUGCCUCCGCCCCCAGGACCACCCUUGCCACCUCCACCAACCCAGCAAACUCUGCUGAGUAAUCUGCGCAGUUUCUGAGGAUGGACUUUGAUAAGAGGAUUGAGAGUUUCAGGAUUAAAUUAUGUCAACCAAAAGUGUAGCAUUUACCAAGAAUAGUUCUUCCAUUGUUUUUAGAAGUUUAAAAUGUACAUAUGUUUAAAUAAUACUGUAUUAGUUUUAUUUUCUUAUAUUUAACUCUAGUAACUAGUUUUUUUCUAGAAAUGAUUUCAGAUAUUUAACUUAAUCUAGGUAAAUUUAGAAAAAAUAAUAUUUUUGUUUACUCGUAAAAUAUACAAUUAAAUAUAUUACAUGAUUUCUAAAAAUACUUAUCAUGUUAUUAUUAGGUGUGCAUAUCUCAUAAUAUUAUUUAAAUUUUGUCUUUUAAAAUAUAUUCAUUCUCUAAGCAGUCGUCGUAGCAGUGAUUUCUAAGCAGUGAAAUAAAUGUCAAAAUAAGAAACCUUUUUUAGAUUAUAGGGUCGUUACUUUUAUUCCGAAUCUAAUAGCAACCACAACGAAUAAAUUGAAACCAAAACUAAACCAGAAAAGUCGGCAGUUAUCAAUUAAAAUGCAUCCAUUUAGUAAUGGUAACUAUACCAACAUGAA